CACACCGGCAGGGGGCAGCAUUCAGCAAUCGCUUCUCGUCGUAGGCUCUAUUGAGUAAUCCAAAAUGGCUGCGCCCAUAGUGGUUCUGUCAACAGCGUGAAAGUCCAGAUCAAGUCCCAGGAGCAAACUGACCCACCACCACCAUGUCGAAGAUCUCCAAGGCCGCUAAAGCGGUUAAGAAGCUGGAUGUGAACAACAUGAUCCGGGCCAUAGUGAGGUCUGGACAGGCCGCCCCUGGACCCCCACUUGGCCCCAUCCUGGGACAGAGAGGCAUCCCCAUUGGGCAGUUCUGCAAGGACUUCAACGAGCAGACCAAGGAGCUGAAGGAAGGCAUCCCGCUCCCGAUCCGGAUCCACGUCAAGCCUGACAGGACGUACGACCUGAAGAUCGGACAGCCCACUGUGUCCUACUUCCUAAAACAGGCGGCGGGCAUCGAGAAGGGGGCUGGCAAGACAGGCCACGAGACGGCGGGAAAGGUGACCCUCCGGGCCGUGUACGAGAUCGCCCAGGUGAAGGCCCUGGACGAGUGCUUCCGGGUCCGGGACGCCUCCCUCGAGUUCGUCGUCAAGUCCAUCAUCGGCUCGGCCAACUCCCUGGGGAUCGAGAUCGUCAAGGAUCUGUCUGCGGAGGACUACAGGGUGUUCCUGGAGGGGAGGGAGGAGAAGCUCAAAGCAGACGCGGUCGCAGCCGCUGCCGCCGCAGCCCUGGUCAAGAAGAAAUGAAGAGCCACCUCCUCCACCUCCUCUUCCUCCUUCAUAUCUUCCAUGUAUUUAUGUUGAUUUUUCCCAGGAGAAUCACACACUUCAAUCUGAAAAAUACCACCACUGUAUUUCUUUGUGUGUAAACCAUCACUGUUUUGUGUGUAUAUCCAUUUUUUCAAAUAAAUGCUUUGCGUAUGAUUUGGGCCUUAUAUAUUAUUCUGAAAGUUGUGUGCCUAUUGUUAUUCUGGCCUGGGGUGGUUCUUCAGCAAAUAUAUGGUUAUGACUUAAUAAAAUGUAAUUUGAGUUCAUUAA